CUGGGGUUUGGCCGUUUGGGAUAAAUGUUUUAAGGCCAAUCAAUUUGUUUCCGCAUUCAGGUCGCCGUCUUUCCCUCUUGGCUUUUCAUAAUUCGUUAUCCUGCAGUGGUCUCCGGCAACGAUCAAUCGCUGAGGCGGCCAAUCUUUGUAGCCAUUGCAGCUAAUUCUUAUCCCCUGCACUACUGACCCAUUUCUACGGUGCUGGAUUUCUCCAUGAAAGACGAACAUCAACCUGUCAUCCCGGGAUUGCCAGAUGACUUGGCUAUGCGUUGUCUGGCGAAGUUGUCUCACGGAUAUCAUGGGGUUCUUGAAAGCGUCUCACAAAGAUGGAAACAUUUGAUUAGCAGCUCAGACUAUGCACACUAUAAAGCUAAAGAAGGAUGGUGUGGUGAUUGGUUGUUCGUUCUCACCGAGCAGUCCCAAAGGCAGUGGGUUGCCUAUGAUCCUGAUGCAGACAGAUGGCAUCCUCUGCCUAAGAUUUCAGGAGAGUAUGCAGAUUGGCAGCACUUUGGAUUUUCUUGUGUUUGUGUUCAGAACCGGCUCUUAGUGAUUGGGGGAACUCAUGCACAACAGGAUUUGUCAAGUUGCCAAAAGCCUUCGGUAACUAAUCAGGUGCUUCAGUUCGAUCCAUAUAAGAAACAGUGGACUAGUGUUGCAAGAAUGCGGACCCCACGCUCACAGUUCGCUUGCAGUGUUGUUUCUGGGAAGGUUUAUGUAGCAGGGGGUCGCAACUUAUGCUGCACCAGAGGGCUUUCGCUUGCUGAGGUUUAUGAUCCUCUAACCGAUAAAUGGGAGGAAUUGCCUGCUAUGCACAUACCACAAGUGGAUUGUUUAGGCUUGUCAUAUCGAGGAAAGUUCCAUGUUUUAAGUGACCAGGUAGGCCUGUCAGAUGUGAAUACAUCUCAAGUUUUUGAUCCUUCAAACACAACAUGGGCAACGGUGGAGGACGUCUGGCCUUUCUCCCGGGCAAUGCAAUUUGCAGUUCAGGUUAUGGGCGAUGGGCAAGUGUACACAGUUGUCGAUUGGGGUGAGAGCCUCAUUAAGACGAGGGACUCCGAAGAUGGAGAGUGGUACAAUGUCGGUUCUGUCCCUGCUGUCAUCCUAAAUAACCAUGCACGUGCAUUAGAAGCCUUUGCCUACGGGUUUGCUUCCUUGAGAGGUGAACUAUAUGUGUUGGGGGGAAAGGUUCUCAAGUGGGAAGAAGCAGGAGCUGGGAGGUUUGACAUCGUGCGAUUGGCUCUGGUUAGGGUUUGUGAUCCCAAGGUCAGGCCACUGAAGUGGAAAGAAACUCGGCCGAUGUGUGGGUUUGCACGUGGCUGUAUACUGGGAUGUGCUUCCUUGGAGCAGGAAGAAUCUGUAUGAUCCAAGGUUAUAUUGUCUAGAUGACUGCUACCUCGUUUGCAAGUUACAGUCGAAGGAGCGUGGAAGCCUUCUACCGAUUUCAGGAUGAUGUAUCUGCAAUAUGAUUUCAUGAUCUUUGAGGUGGAUGCAAUCCAGACGUGCCACGUCGGCGGCGAGGUGUAUAUUAUGUAUUUCUUCAUGGUGUUUAAGAACCUCGAAACAAAUAACUUUAGACUAGAUUGUAUAAACUGUCGUUACUGGCUCACCAUUGACUUCGUCUGCUGAGUCUUGGCUGGAAGUAUGUACCUUUACUACUGUACCAAAAUUCCUGACUGUACCAUAUGUAAGAAAUUUGCAGAAAGGUUGCUUCAGCUCCUAGAUGUGUUCUUAUUUACUCCUAUAGUGUUGUUCAAAUAAUUAAAGAGUGGUGCUUGAAUCAUUUGAAUCGUCUGAAAUUGUUCUAAGCAUAUUUUAGUAGUAGC